AUGUCAUUAUUCAACAUUGCAGAAAGCCCUAUGUUCUAUAGGACCAAGAGGAUAGUUCAAGCUGAAAAUGGACAAAGCAUAAACCCAGUUUCUAGGAUAGCAGCCCAAACUGCGUUAUUAGAGUAUCUGUACGUCACUAGAAACAUACAGUUUACGGAUGCAGAUAAUAUGAGUAAAAAUUCACCUCAUUUUCUUGAAAAGUUAUUAGCAAAGGUUGAUAUUGAUGCAGAUAUCGGGCAUUCCAUUACCCGUUUCUUGUGUUUUCACCCUAUUAAUGAAUUUGAGCCUUUCUUUGAGAGUUUGGGUCUAAAACCUCGUGAUUAUAAUCCUCUUCUUCCACGUGAUCUGAUGUUUUUAUGUGACGAUGAUUUACUUUUAGAGAAUUAUCAUGUUUUGUGUAAUUAUGGGAUUGCAAGAAGUAAGAUAGGAAAGAUUUAUAAGGAAGCCACGGAAGUUUUCGGGUAUGAUUAUGGGGUCUUGGUGCUGAAACUAAAAGCUUAUGAGGAAUUGGGGCUUGUGCAGUCUUUUAUGAUGAAGUUGGUUGUUUGUAGCCCUUAUCUUUUGAUUGGAGAGGUGAAUGCAGACUUUAUCAAGGUAUUAGAGAUAUUGAGAAAAGAGGGAGUUGAUAUCAGUAGGAUAGAGGAGCAUUUGUCUGAGAAGAGUUCUUAUGACUGGAGCAAGUUGCUUGCACUGCUCAACUUAUUUAGGCAUGCAGGUUACAAUGAGGAGCAGCUAGGUGGACUCAUAAGCCGGCAUCUGGGGAUUUUCUUUGAGGAUUCAGUGGAUAGGAUAUAUUUGCUAAUCGGUUUCCUCCUCAAAUUUGGAUCCACGAUGAAUCAGAUAUGUUCUAUGUUUUUGUGGUUCCCGCAAAUGGAAUUUGAGGAAUUCUUUUCAAAUUUAAGGCAUUGCUUUCUGUUCUUGAAUGAGAUCCAGAUGGAGGCACAUGAGAUUCAGAGUAUUUUCCGUUCUCACCCACUAAUGCUUGGUUCAUGUAGAUUGAAGAAACCCAACACAUUGCGUUUAGCUUUGCAUGCUGCAGAGAAGAGAAUGUGUGAAGUCAUCCAAGAGAGCCCACAAGUUUUGAAGAAAUGGGUGAUGGGAUCGAAAGUUAAACGAUUGCCAAACUUGAGACUUAAAUCGCGGAAGCUGAAGACCAAGUUCUUGUUGGACUUGGGAAUUGUAGAUAACUCAAAUAAAAUAGGAAAAGCACUCAAGGUUUUCCGGGGCAGUGGAGAAAAGUUCCAAGAGAGGUUUGAUUGUAUUGUGGAAGCUGGUGUGAGCAGAAAAGAUGUUCGUGAAAUGAUAAAAGCAUCUCCUCAAAUUCUUGGCCAAUCGAAAGAUGUUCUUGAAAUGAAGAUUGAUUUUCUUGUAAAUAAGGUGGGUUAUCCAGUAUCAUAUUUGGUCACUUUCCCAUCAUAUCUUAAUUUCACAACGCAAAGAGUGGAGCUUAGGUUAGCAAUGUAUAAUUGGCUCAAAGAUCAAGGACAAUCUGUGUCCAUGCUUUCCUUGAGAAGUUUAAUUUCUCUCUCAGACAAAAAGUUCAUUAAUGAGUAUGUAAAUAGUCAUCCUAGAGGCCCUGAAAUUUGGCAGAAUUUGAAGAAAGAAAUUUAUGCUGAAUAA